AUGACACCUCUCCUCGUCCUCCUCGCCCUCUCCCUCUUGCUCAUCUACCUCUUAUCUCCCCUCCUUUCCAGAGACCCCCUACCAGGUCCCCUCUACGCCCGCCUAACCUCCCUCAUUCUCAAAUACCACGAGUUCACCGCCACACGAACCACCUACAUCCACUCCCUCCACCUCCGCUACGGCCCCGUAGUCCGCAUCGCCCCCAACGAAGUUGCUUUUGCUUCGGCUGCUGCCGCAAAAGAAAUCUACUGCAGCAAUGGGAGCGGCUACGACAAGACCGAGUGGUAUGAUUUGUUCAAGGUGUAUGACCGGCGAACAAUGUUCACUACCUUGGGGAAGAGUGAGCAUGCAAAGAGAAAGAGAUUGCUGGCGGAUCGGUAUGCGAAUAGUAAUAUUAUGAAGGGGGGGGUUAUGGAGGGGAUCAAGCAGCGGGCGAGGACGUUUGGGGAGUUGUGUGGACAGGGGGGAAAGGAGGGAAAAGUCCUCCACGCCUACGCCUUCGACUGCGUAACCCUCCACCUCUUCCACCCACACUCAACCAACUCCCUCACCGACCCCAAAGACUCGGAAAUCAUGCUCGAAGUCACCUUUGACAGCUCCCUCCAAAACCGGCUCCUGAGCCAUUACUCCCCCCUCCUCCACCGCCUCCUCAACACCUUCAUGGUCAGCAUCCUCUCUCUCAAACCCCGUGAAACCCCCCUAGCCGACUCCUUCGUCCUCAACACCGCCGCCCAACCCCACGCCUCCCCUUUCACCCUCCUCCACCGCCUCCACUCACAGUCCUCCCUCGGACAGAUCGACAUCGCGGCCGAAUCCCUAGACCACAUGGCGGCAGGAAUCGACACUACAGGCGACGCGCUCUGUUUUCUAAUCUGGGAACUAUCCCGACCUUCUUCUCUCAUCUAUCAACAGACCCUCCAAGCGGAACUCCGCUCCGCCUCCCCUGACACCCCGUUUGACCAACUCCCCUACCUCGACGCGGCGGUGAUGGAAGGACUGAGGAUGUUUCCCGCCAUUCCCAUGAGUCUGCCAAGAUAUGCACCACCAGGCAGAACCGCCAUCAUUGACAGUUACAAAAUACCCCCCGGCACAAUCGUCAGCUGUCAACCCCUCAGCGUCCAACGAUUAGGUCCAGAAAAGGGCGGGACUUUCCCUGAACCGGACCGCUUCUGGCCGGAACGAUGGCUAAAAUCCGAGGGGGAGACACAAGCGGAGUUUGAGGAGAGGGAUAGGGUGAUGAAGAAGGGGUUCAUGGCUUUUGGGAUGGGGGGGAGGGGGUGUAUUGGGAAGCAUCUUGCGCUGGCGGAGAUGAAGUGUUUGUUGAGGGAGGUGUACACCAGGUUUAGGACGUUGCCGGAUGAGAGGAUGAGAGCGGAGGAGAUGGAGCAGGCGGAUUUGUUGGUUAGUAGUCGCCCGGCUGGGCAGAGGUGUUUGGUUAGGUUUGAGAGGCUGGAAGCGUGA